AUGGCCACAAUCAUCUUGUGCUCCAACAGCUCUGACAUCCUCUUCCAGGCACCCAAGGGCAAAUGUCUCAAAAACCUGCUACCUCCUCCAUCUGUCAAGCUUGGGCGAUUUCAGCUAGACAAAUCUGAACGGUUCCAACAACAGAUCACUGUUUUUGGCAAGCGGAAGCUGAACCAGCGGGAACUUCGCUGUGAUCUCUUUAAGCACUUAAGCAUCCUAUUAGUCUUCAAAAACAACCGUACAAAGCAAUGCCUGCAGCUUGGGGGAGGGCGCGGGUGGAAAGCGGCCGCCAGUAGCUCACAAACACCUGAUCUGCCCCUGCGGCACCCGAGCCCGGCGCAGUGCGCGGGCGGGGCAGCACACCGCACGCGCCGCUCCCCCACCGCCCGGGCCCGCACCACCCGCGCGGGGUGCAGCGCGGGCCCCAGGGUGUCACUGCCCUCUCCCUGUGACAGCAGGAACAGCGGAGGCCGAGCAGGUGAAAAGGCCAGGGAAGUGAGGAGCCGAGCGGAGGGGAGGAGGGCCCGAAGGAGCAGACACCGCAGGAGCCACGGAGGAGCGGCGGGAGUGCAGGGCGCCCGCACCGGCCGGAACUGGCGGCGGGGCGGGGACGCCGGGCCCGUGCCCACCCACCCGGCCCUACCUUGUCCGGGGGCAGCUCCAGCUCUGCGGGGCGGAGCGGGAGACCGCGGCCGCAUCCACGUCCCAGCCGCGCCUGCGGCUCAGCCCCGCGACCGCCGCCGCUCUUGCUCCAUGCGCCGCGCGCGGAUGGGCAGCCCGGCGGGGUCUGGGCGGCUCCGGCUCGCCUCGGCUCCAGCACUUGUUGCCGCGGCUGCCGACGCGCCUCACUCCCCGCCGCGGCUCCAAGCACCGCCGCCGCCUACGGCGUCCCCCCCCCGGCCCCGCCUCUGCCCGCCGCGCCAAUCAGACGCAGCGCCACCCGCGCGCGUCACCGCCGGAACGGCCGGGCCCCACCCCGUAGCCCAAGUUUGGGGAAAGGCCGACCUCCCACCCUCCCGCCUGUCGGCGCCCGGGCCCGCCGGGCUCUCCGCCCUUCGUGACGCGCGGAAAGCCCUCUGCUACACCGAGAAGCGCGACCUCCAAAGAUGCGCCCCCCACCCGCCCCAGGAAGUAGCUUUCCCCCACCCUGCUGAGACUCAGGGUCCAGUCCAAACUCCUCAACUCCCGGGGCCCCUCUGUGCUGUCGGCGCGCUGCUUGGUGAGAGUUUUGAUGGCUCUUUCCGGCCAGGACCGGCGUGUGCCUAGGCCUAGACGGCUCCACCUUGGGAGAAGACUGUCAGGCGGAGUUAGCCAAAGGGAAGCCAUUAUCGAGCGCUGGGGGUUGAAUUUCAGCCCGCUGGACCACAGCGCUUACUCUCAGCGAAACGCAGCAGCCCACGAGUUGUUUUGGCUUCGUCGAGCCGCGUGGGUAGGGGGGGUCGUCCAGAAGAAGGAAUUUUGAGUGGUGACUCUGGAAAUGUUGAUUGGCAGCCUCCAGACCGUACUGUUUUUUAUGUUGGUCACGCUUCGCCUAAGAGCUACAGGAAGGCAACAAGUUGGAUUUUUGUGUUGUCACACAAACGCUUAACCACUGUAACCCUGGACAAGAAAGGAACGGGAAUUGUAUGCCUUCCUUGGGUUUGAGGGUUCCCCCACACACACACACACACACGAUUUUAUUCAUAAUUCGGAAAGCAAAUAAAACAUUUGAAAAGAAGCAAAUUAGAAGUUAGGUCUGUGUGUUUGAUUAGCUGCCGGCCCCUGUUUUGACACAUAAAUACGGUGAAGAGACAAAGCUGGAUUGUUCCAUGCAUCAGAUGUUACUGUUUCCCUUCACUGCGCUCUCAGUCGCCACAGACACGCUUUCAAGGAUUGCUAGCCGAGGAGUUUUGAGUAAAGUCAGCUGGCAAGCAACGGGGAAGUAAAGCCGGAGUCUUCCACAGCUGCCAAGAGCUAGCUGCCCAGGCCCUGAACUUUAAAAAAAAAGAAAGAAGGAAGGAAAAUGGGAAGCGUUCUGUCCGUGGUGCCGUUGAGUGCCGCUGGAAGCAUGCCAGCCAGCUUCCUCAGUGACUUUGGGGGAUAACUCCGUGCUGGAUUCCACACCCACUUAGCUAUUGUGCUUACUCUUAGGUUAUGACCCGGGUUCAACAUCCGUAGGCAGAGAUACACAUUUAAUAAUUGUGCUGUCCAACGUACGUGUUGGGCGCAGGGCAAAGUGCAGGGACAGCAAACUCGACACUUUCUCUUGGAGCUCACAGCCCCCCUGGAGAGGUACUUAAUAAUUAAAUGCACUGAAACUAACUAUAAUUUUGAUAUGGACGAAAGGAAGUGUAAGAACAGGAUCAUUUGUGUAAGAGUCCAAGGAAAGUGUCUUUUAAGCUUGGUUUUCUAUUGCUAUGAUAAAACACCAUGACCAUGAGACCAUGAGAAGAAAGGGCUGGUUUGGCUUACAACUCAUCAGCCAGGGAAACUGAGGCAGGAACUGAUACAGAGACAAUGAGGAACCCUGUGGCUUGCUCAGCCUGCUAGGAUUGCCUGCCUGGGACAGCACUGCUACCCGUGGGCUGCGCCCUUUCAUAUCAGGCAUUAAUAAAAAAAAAAAAAAAACGCACUGCAGACAAUAUGGGAAAGGCAUUUCUCAAAUGAGGUUUCUCUUCCCAGAUAUCUCUGGCUUGUGUCAAGUUGACAAACAGAAAAAGCCACCAGAACAAGAAGUUUCUAGCUCUAAGGGUGAAGGUGUAGAAACAAGCAGGGUUUGGGUGUUAUUCCAUGAGACAUUUGAGGUAGAAAUUAUAUUCUAAAAUUUGCACUAUAGGUAAGUUAUCCUCUGCAAUGUGAAGGGGGCAGGGCACAGGCAGGAGGGGGGUGAUGGAGACAACAGUAGAGAACAGACGCCACAACAAAGGCUUGGGCAACUGCUCAGAUCUGGAGGACUGGGGACAACUGCUCAGAUCUGGAGGACUCGGGGACAACUGCUCAGAUCUGGAGGACUCGGGGACAACUGCUCAGAUCUGGAGGACUGGGGACAACUGCUCAGAUCUGGAGGACUCGGGGACAACUGCUCAGAUCUGGAGGACUCGGGGACAACUGCUCAGAUCUGGAGGACUCGGGGACAACUGCUCAGAUCUGGAGGACUCGGGACAACUGCUCAGAUCUGGAGGACUCAGGAAACUAAGUGGUGCUGCUUCAUCCAGAUGGACGGCCAUUUUCUGAGUUGGGGAGUCUCACUUGGUCAGGGCAGCUUGUGUUCUGGAGUAGCUGGUGUCGCUGUAUGUGGAAGAGCAGCCUCGAGGAAACUCAUACGUUCCAGGAUUAGAAUUAUUAAGUCAAAAUAACAAGAGAUAUGAGAGCAUCAGAGGCAGAAACACAGAACAGCGUUGGGAGGGAUGUUCAGUGAAUACUGAAUCCAAAAUCCCUCCACCUUUAUUUUCCACACACUUAUAUACUUCAUUCCUAAAGGGGAGAGGGAUGCAACAGACUUCAUUAACAUGCCAUAAGGAAUAGAGACUUGAAUACUCCGACCCCUGGUUUAGUGGAGUGUAUCCACUUCUAUCCCCAAAAUACGAGUUAACCACACCAUAGGUCAGAAUCUCUUGUUUGUAGCCACAUCCGUUGUCAGCAACUUUAAAAGAGCAAAAAUAAACUCUCUGACCUCCAGUCCAGGUGGAACAGGCUCACAUCCGUGGGCCCUCACAACUGU